GCCCCGCCCCUGCCAUGGCGCUGGCGCGCUUGGAGCGGCUCCCCCCGGACUCCGGUCCCUUCGGCUCCCCCGUCCCCCCCCGUUGCCGGGACCGCCCAUGCGCAGUCGGUGUGGACGAGGCGGGGCGGGGGCCGGUGCUGGGACCGAUGGUUUACGCCAUCUGCUACUGCCCAUUGGAAGAGCUGGAGACGCUGGAGAAGCUGGGGGUGGCAGACUCGAAGACGCUGUCGGAGGCCGAGCGCGAGCGCCGCUUUGCGCUGCUGGAGGCGGCCGGAGACGUCGUGGGCUGGGCCCUGCACGUGCUGCCCCCCCAGCACAUCUCUGCCUGCAUGCAGCGCCGGGUCAAAUACAACCUGAACGAGCUGUCACAUGACACAGCCAUGGGCCUGAUCCAGUUUGCGAUGGACAGCGGUGUCCAGGUGGCAGAGCUCCUGGUGGACACCGUGGGCCCGGCUGAGCCGUAUGCAGCCAAACUUCGCCAGCGCUUCCCAGGCCCCACAGUCACCGUCUGCCCCCGCGCGGACAGCGCCUACCCUGUGGUGAGCGCAGCCAGCAUCUGCGCCAAGGUAGCUCGUGACCACGCUCUGAAGCAUUGGGUCUUUGAGGAGGAUUUGGACACCAUCGACCGCGAUUACGGCUCCGGGUACCCCAAUGACCCCAAGACCAAGGAGUGGCUGCGGAGGAACCUGGACCCAGUGUUCGGGUUCCCCCAACUCGUGCGCUUCAGCUGGGGCACAGCUCGGGAGCUGCUGCGGGAGGGGGGGGUCCCCGUGACAUGGGCUGAUGAGGACCCCGAGGGUGACCCCUCGGCCCCCCCCUCGCUUCUGUCUUACUUUGCCCGCAGCCCCCCCCAGGGCCCCCCCCGCCGCCCCCCCCACCGCUUCUUCCAGGAGCGGAAACUGCGGCCCCUGGAUGACCUCUGA